UUGUCUUGGCACAUCAUCUCUAAUACGAUUUAUACGUAGCGUAGUACAGCGCCACGCUUUACGCUAAAGCGCUUAGAUUCUCACCCAAGCUUCAAAGAACUUGAACAAAGCAUUCAUUAUUCCGUUUGACCAUGCAUCUUUCAUCAAGAAUAAGACUCUGUAUGGCAAAAACGUAAUGGAUGAAGACGAUCGGCUAUCAAUUGAUGAGUCACGGCCGGACGCGCCUUUUCUGGGCGGAGACCUCAACGCGGACGACCAGUCCAGAGAUACUGCUAAGCCUUGGCAAAUUGCGACGACAAGUCGCGCAAUCUCAACGGUAGCAUGCGUCGCGGUAUUCUUGUGGGUGCUUUCGGGCAUGAUCAUCGUGGUUCCAGCAGCGCGACUCGCGGAAGAUAUCAUCUGCCGUCGACACUAUGGUCGAUUCGAUAGUGAUCCCAUUGACGAGGAGCUGUGCAAAGCCAAGGAAAUCCAAUCAUCGAUGGCUUGGAUCUUUGGGUUGUCUAUGUCGCUUGGUACCAUCGUCGGCCUCAUCGCAAUGAUACCCUAUGGUGUCUUAGCCGAUCGCGCCAGGAAACCCGUCUACCUCCUUGCCGCGACCGGACAGUUCGCGAAUGUUUCAUGGUCGCUUCUUGUCCUUCGCUUUUGGCGCACGCUUCCGUUUGAGCUGAUCCUCGUGGGACCGACUCUCGAAUUGAUCGGAGGGGGGCUUACGAUGGCGCUGGUCGUUCUGUAUGCGAUUAUAUCGGACGCUAACGCGCCGGAGGAUAGGGCGAUAAUCUAUUUCUUCUCGUCGCUAGCUGCUAAUCUUGCUGUGUUCAUUGGGCCCCCGCUGGCAUCUUUCAUGAUAGAGACUUCGUCGCCAUGGGUGCCAAUGUCGUUCAGUCUUUUGGCCACUACACUCGCAGGUAGCAUCAUCCUCCUUAUACCAGAAACUGCACGUAGAUCGAAGGAUCUACGUGGGAAUCAUGAGGAUUCGCGCGUAGCGAGGGACCAAGGAUGGCGAAUUGCUAUAAUGUCACAGCUCAGAGGUAUCUUCUCCGACUCAAAUUUGGUCUCGGUACUUAGGAAGCGAUCGGUGCUAUUGCUGCUUCUCGUCUUCAUCCUCACUGCGCCACUUCAGCUGGGAAUGGGGCCCCUUUUCCUCCAAUAUUAUAGCAAGCGAUUUGAAAAGUCGAUAGAAGAGGCCGGUUACAUGCUCGCCCUCCGCGGAGGACUGACUAUUAUAGUGGUUGGAGUACUCCUGCCAGUAUUAUCCAAGUAUAUCAGUUCGUCGUCCUUUGUCAGGCUCUCGAACUUCCGUAGAGAUCUCGUCCUCGCGCAAGCCUCUGCUGUGUUUGCUGGCAUCGGGUAUUUCUUACUUGGAGGGCCCGAAAAGGCGUCCCUAAUCUCCGGUAUAGUAAUCUUGAGUUUGAGUACCGGCCUUGGCCCCUUGGGGCGCUCGCUUAUUUCGAAUCUUGUCGAGCCGAGCCAGACCUCGCAGGUCUUUACAAUCGCUAGCAUUGUUGAAGGCAUCGGAUCUUUGCCAGCUGGCCCGUUCCUCGCCUGGGCGUUUUCUUGUGGUAUGCGAUUGGGCGGAGUCUGGAUGGGACUUCCUUUUUUCUUUCUGGGAAGUCUCGGGGGGCUUGCUUUACUUGUCUUAUGUUUCGUUAAGUCGAAGCCUCUUACGACAGGAGGUGGUUAACGGGUGGUGUAUCAAGCGACAGACAGUAUUCGCAAAGCCAAUCUCAUAUCAUAGGCGGAAGUAUUGAAUCCUUCAUUUGACCGGAAAGUCGCCCC